AUGCAAACGGAAGAGCAGGACAAGAGGGCGAAAGGAGGAAGCAGUAAGAGGGAGGUGUCAAAACCAUACGUUCUUUGUAUAUUUGCUAACAUCUGCUUUGCAGGGUUCCCUGUUGUCAUUAAGGUCUCUCUAGACAAAGGCAUGAGCUGUUAUGUGCUUGUGGUUUAUGGCCAUGCUUUUGGAACGCUAGCAACUGCUCUUCUUGCACUUCUUUUUGAGAGCCUGCAUAAAAAUAUGGCACCCUCCUCCAAUAUGAACAGUAUCCUAUGGCGUCUGAUUAACCAUAACCUAUCUCGUGACAGGAAAAAUGAGAGCAAAAUCAGUGUUCCAAUCAUUCGAAAUGUCUUCUUCUUGGGCCUGCUGGGAGGAGUGUUGGGAAGAACAUUGAAUUACAUGGGACUGGAAUACACUUCACCAGCUAUUGCAUCUGCUAUGGGCAACCUUAUUCCAUGUUUUACCUUUAUCAUAGCAGUUUUGUGCAGGAUGGAAAAAUUUGAUAUUACAAAGCUUGGUACCCAAGCCAAGAUUGGGGGAACUCUUAUCGCCUUUGCCGGUGCAGCACUGAUGACGCUAUACAAGGGAAUUGCUGUGAUUUCAAUGCACACUCAAGCCUCCCAUCAAUCUGCUACUUCCAAAUCAUCAGUAGACAGAGACUGGAUAAAGGGCUCCCUUAUUCUUCUUGUUUCAUAUUUUUCCUCAUCAGCAUUCUACAUCUUACAGACAACAACAAUCGAAAUGUAUCCUGCACCUAUUACUCUUACAUCGAUAACGUGCUUAUCGGGGACUCUACUCACGGCGAUCAUGGCAGCAAUUCUAGAUCAUGAAGCAUCCUCUUGGAAGCUGUCAUGGGACAGUACACUUCUUGCUCCUUUGUACAGUGGAGUUUUGAUUUUUGGAAUCACCAUUUAUGUGCAAACAUUAGUUGUAAAAACAAGAGGCCCAGUUUUCAUGACAGCAUUUAGACCACUAUCCACAAUUGUUGCAGCUAUAAUGGGGCUAUUCGUUUUAAGAGAAGCUAUAUACUUGGGAAGUAUUUUAGGAGCUUCCUUGAUUAUUGUUGGUUUGUCUGCAACUCUCUGGGGAAAGAACAAAGAGAAAGAGAAGAACCCAUUGGAGGAUGCUACAUCUCAAGAAAUUUGUGAGAUCCAAUUAGAAAAUUAA